GCUCUGAUUAUAGAUAUCGUUUCACCGGGGGUAUGUAACUGACACAAACAGCAGCCGGACAGCUGGCAGGACAGCGGUACUCUAUGCCACGGGGGAAAUUUAAGAGCGUGCGGUAUUAGUAGGUAUAGCAGAAGUUUGAUGGAUCGCACAGAAGUUGGCGUAGCAGUAUCUUCAUAGUAUCUCCAAAACGUUAGGAUAGGGGAAAAACAUGUUUUACAAAAUCAGCGCGACGCGACCCAGCUAGCAUUCCAGAGUUCACGCAUGCGCAAUGCACUGUCUCACUGUCUUCCCAAAUAACAGGUGUCAGCCGGCGAGAGAACUCUCACAUUGUUUUUUUCAUUUUUCAUUUUGGAUUAAUAGAAGAUUGAGCGAUUAGGAAAUAGAAAUGGCCGACAGCAUUGCUGACCCCGAGCCAAUGGAGGCAGAUCGAAGCUCAGAGAAGAUCGAUAUGUCAUUAGAUGACAUAAUCAAACUGAACAAAAGGGAACAGAAAUCCUGUCAGAGUGCUUCCAAGACAGGCCUACAGCAGCAGCAGCAGCAGCAGCCUGGUAAUAGAAGCAGAGCCCCAGGGAACCGGAGAGCAUCUGGACAGCAGAGAGCCCCCUUCGGAAGAGGAGGGUCGCAGCAAAGCCAGCAGGGGUUCUACAGAUUUCGAUUAAUGGGUCAAGCGCAACAAGGGUUCAACAGAAGACAACCCUACAAUCUCCGAAGAGUCCCCAGGAGAGCACUGUUCCCCCCCUCGGGAGUCAGCCCUUUGAAUCGCAAAGCCUCUCUUGCAAAGGUAAACACAGCAGCGAUUUCCAGUGUUAAUAACAACAGGCCAGGAUUGCUCAGAACCCAGCAGCCUCCGACUAGAAGACCAUUCUGGCAGCCUUUCAGAGGUCCUCGGGCCGCUGGGAGAAGUAACAGUAGAAUUCCCCUGCAAAACAGAGGAAUAAAACUGCAACAAAUACAGCAACGGCAGACUAAGAUCAACCUGAACAGAGGGUUUCCUUCACGUCAAUCCGACAGGAAAUUGAUAGAAAAAUAUCAAAAAAUCCGAAGCUGGAGACAGCCUGCAGCCUCAGGGUCCAUCCUAACAGUCUCUGUUGCAAACCCCAUGGCAGCGCAGGAGACUGCUGCAGUUUCUCCUCCCAGACCCCCCAGAGUGAGGAUUAAGCGCCCAGCAGUGCUGGAGAGACGAGGGGCUGAAGACGAGGAGACCCUGCACCCCCCGCCCAGAGGAAUCCCCCUGAGGUUUAACUUCAAAGCACUAGCCAAUCAGACUCGAGUGACACUGAACGAUCGCUUCUCCAGUCUGAAGAUAAAGGGACUGCGUGCCGUGCCUAGGACAGGAGGACGGACAGUAACACUGCAGUGACAAUAAAGAGAAUACGAAUAGUGCUGUCACUGUGCUGCUAUAGUGAUCAUUUCAGUGAGAGUGAUGUCAUUAGAGAACCUGGGAUUGUACAUGACCUACAUUAAAAGAGGUUUUAUUU